GCUAAACCCUCUGCCCUAAGCGGCCCCUGGUCACACUUUAAUUCCAGCGUGGGUGGCUUCCGUCUCCAAGUCCCACUUUCCAAAGUCAGCUUUUUCCAGAGGCCCAGGGCAGCAGUGUCCCUGGGACAUGUGGGUGGCCUCAGGGUCACAGCAUGUGGCUCCAGGGCUCGGUGGGAGCCACCCCAAGUGACAGCCAGUGAGCGGAUGCCAAGGAGUCCCAGGCCCAGCUCUGCAAAGCCGGUGGCCCCUGACAUGCUCCCGGCUGCCCGGCUGGGGACGCCGGAGGGGUCACUGCUGUGGGAAGCGCAGGCCUGUGCCUCGUGGCCCUGGGCCCUGGACCAGCUUCUGUGAAGCGGGCGCCUCCCUGGGCCCCCUGGGCCGGCGCCAUGGCAUUUCUGGAACUCCUAGACCAAGUAGGUGGCACGGGCAGGUUCCAGAUUCUCCAGCUGAUGGCCCUGGUGGUCCCCAUCGUCCUGCUCACCAUGCAGAACAUGGCAGAGAACUUCUCGGCCGACAACGGCACCAGCCAGGCCGGCGUCACAGGGGCCCUGAGUCCCCAGGCCCUCCUGGCUGUCUCCGUCCCACGGGGCCCCAACCAGCAGCCACACCAGUGUCUCCGCUUCCGCCAGCCGCAGUGGCAGCUCCUGGACCCCAACGCCACGGCCACCAGCUGGAGCGAGGCCGCCACAGAGCCGUGUGUGGACGGCUGGGUCUAUGACCGCAGCAGCUUCACCUCCACCACCGUGACCAAGUGGGACCUGGUGUGUGACUCUCAGUUCCUGAAGCCCGUGUCCCAGUCCAUCUAUCUGGCGGGGGUCCUGGUGGGAGCUGCAGUGUGUGGCCACGUCUCGGACAGGUUCGGGCGCAAGAGGGUGCUGACAUGGAACUACCUGCAGACUGCCGUGUCGGGGACGGUGGCUGCCUUCGCCCCCACCUUCCCCCUGUACUGCCUGUUCCGCUUCCUGGUGGCCUUCGCCGUGGCGGGCAUCAUGAUGAACUCGGGCAGUCUCCUGAUGGAGUGGACAUCGGCCCGGGCCCGCCCCUUGGUGAUGACCUUGAACUCCGUGGGCUUCAGCUUUGGCCAGAUGCUGAUGGCCGCGUUGGCCUAUGGUGUGCGUGACUGGUCGCUGCUGCAGCUGGCCAUCUCUGUGCCCUUCAUCCUCAGCUUUGUGUACUCAUGGUGGCUGCCCGAAUCCGCAAGAUGGCUCCUCAUCACGGGCAAGCUGGACUGGGGCCUGCAGGAGCUGCAGAGGGUGGCCGCCAUCAACGGCAAGAGGGCAGCAGGGGACGCACUGACCAUGGAGGUCGUGCUCUCAGCCUUGCAGGAGGAGGUGAGCAGGGGCCAGGACCCCGUCAGCCUGGGCACCCUGUUCUGCACACCCGGGCUGCGCCUCCGGACCUGGGUCUCCCUGAUGAUCUGUCAGGCUCCCGACAGGACGCGGCCGGCUCACCUGCCCACGGCCCCCAGGUUCGCCUUUGCCUUCACCUUCUACGGCCUGGCCCUGAACCUGCAGGCCCUGGGCAGCAACAUCUUCCUGCUCCAGCUGCUCCUCGGGGCCGUGGACCUCCCGGCCAAGAUGGGCACACUGCUGCUGCUGAGCCGCCUGGGCCGCCGCCCGCUGCAGGCCGGCUCCCUGGUGCUGUCGGGGCUCUGCGUCCUGGCCAACACCCUGGUGCCCCACGAGAUGGGGGCCCUGCGCUCAGCCCUGGCCGUGCUGGGGCUGGGGGCGCUAGGGGCCAGCUUCACCUGCGUGAGCAUCUUCCUUAGUGAACUCUUCCCCACGGUGCUCAGGAUGACGGCGGUGGGCCUGGGCCAGAUGGCCGCCCGUGGGGGAGCCAUCCUGGGACCCCUGGUCCUGCUGCUGGGCGUCUAUGCCCCCUCACUGCCCCUGCUGGUUCACGGGACAGUGCCAUUGUUGAGUGGCCUGGCUGCACUCCUGCUGCCCGAAACCCAGAACUUGCCGCUGCCCGACACCAUCCAUGAUAUACAGAACCAGGCACUAAAGAAAGCAAGACACAGCCCUCCGAGGUGUGUGGUCCUCAAGGCCACCCAGCUCUAGCUCCUGGGACGCCUGCAAUGGACCAUCAGAGGAGGCUUCUCGUGUCCUCCAGAGGUGGCAGAAGAGAGCAAGGCCUCCAUUUCCAGAGCACAGAGGAGCCCCUCCCACACAGAAGGAGCAAAGGGCAGCUGGGCUGGCAGGAGGCCCUCCACCUAUCCUACCACCUGGCCUCCCUCUGGCUGCACAGACGAGAGGCCAGGGCCAGCGACACCCUGAUGCUCGCCACCCCUCUUGUCCACCUGCCCCAGGGGUCAAAGGUGACCAUCAUCUCCCCUGAUUUGGGGCAAGCAAUGGAGUCCGAGCUCCUCGGCUUCACCCUGAUGCCCUUGGCAGCCUGGCCUGGCCCACCCAGCCCCUCCCCAUGCCUCACCACACUCCAGCCACACGCCGGGCUUUGUGCUCUGCGGCAGCCCCACCUUCACACCUGAAAUCCUCUUGGCCUCCCAGGCCCAGGACAGGGCCCUCCUUCCGGGGGGCACAGCACUAGCCAACAGUGCUAGUGACACCCUGGCCCAAGGUCACAUCCACACACCCAGCUCCUCCCACCAACCAACAGAUGAGCUCAGGUGGUCCCACCCAGAGCUGGUCAGGGGGACAGUGGUAUGUGGGAUUGAAUAAAGAGUGAAAAAAGGAACAAA